AUGGUGAACUUGUUGCGACCAGGAUGCAAACCUCCAAACAAAAAAGAUUUAGCAGGAGACCUGCUAGAUGAAGCUGCUGAAAAAGUUGACCAUCAGAUAAUUGAAGAUAUUUCUCAGGAUAACAGGCCAAUUACUGUUUUGCAAGAUGGCUGGUCCAGUGUAAAUAAUGAUCUCAUCUUGGCCAUCUCAAUACAUACAGGUAUGCGUUUAUAUUUAAUAGUAUCAGCAAAAGAUUGCGGAGAAGAAAAAAAGACAGCUGAAUAUUGCACGGAAAUUGCUUGGGCCAGCAUUAAAAAAUGCGAACAAAAAAUUUGGAAAACAUGUUUUUGCCUUUGUAACAGAUAA